AGGAGCCGCCGGGAGACGCCGAAGCCGGAAAAUCGGGUGUCUGCGAAGACAGGCCGAGGAAGAAGACAAAGAUGAAACCCAUGAAGAAAGCGGGUGGCCUUCCUGGCCACGGCGGCAAGUCCCCUCCAGCCACCAGGGCCAAAGCCCAGAAGCGCCGGGCAGUGGCUGACGGGGGAAGGGAAGAGGAGGAGGAGGAGCAGCAGGAGGGAGAGACGGCCCCCGCGGAGGAGGAGGAAGGUGAACGAGAGGAGGCAGGGAGGGCCCCGGAUGUGGAGGCCGCCCCACUGAAGCUGCCCCCUUCGGGCCCCACGGAGGACCCCACUCAGCCUCUCCCCCCAGCUGAGGACCCGAAGGGGGAGGGGGAGCACGGGCGCUGGGAACCUUCCUUGAGCCGAAAGACCGCAACCUUCAAGUCGAGGGCCCCCAAAAAGAAGUACGUGGAGGAACACGGUGCUGGUGGCGGUAGCGGUAGCGGGCCGGAGGAGCCCCUAGCCACCCCUGAGGAGGGCCGGGCCUGUGCCUUGCCGGCCCAGCCACCUGCCUCCGCCCGCUCCUCCUCCACAGACACAGCCAGCGAGCACUCAGCUGACCUGGAGGAGGAGCUGCCUGAGCCCGGCCCCCUGGCCCCCUGGCCCCCUGGCUCCACGGGGGCCGGGGCCUGUGACCUGCGCCUCCUGCGCUCCCAGAAGGUCCUAGCGCGGCGGGAUGGGCUCUUCAUGCCUGCUGUGGUAAAGCAGGUCCGGCGCAGCCAAGACCUUGGCGUCCAGUUCCCUGGAGACCGUGCCCUCACCUACUAUGAGGGAGCGCUGGCUGGUGGCGUGGAUGUGGUCCUGGAUGCCACCCCGCCCCCCGGGGCCCUAGCGGUGGGCACGGCCGUCUGUACUUGUGUGGACCCCGGCGAGACGGCCUAUCGUGAAGGUGUGGUGGUGGAGGUCAAUGCCAAGCCGGCUUCAUACAAAGUGCGCCUCAGCCACGGGCCUCCACCAGGGCUCCCACUUACCCCUCCCCGCAGGGACAGGGAAGCCAUUUGGGUGGCUCGCUCUAGCUUGCGUCUCCUGCGCCCUCCCUGGGGCCCCGAAGAAAGAAGGAAGCUGCCUCUGGAAGCCACCCAAGGGGAACAAGGAGACGAGGGGAUGCAGAGAGAGAGCCCCCCCCCACAGCCACCCCCUCAGCCUCCCCCCCAGAUGCCCCCUUGCCCCCCCGGACUGGAGGCCAAACAGCCAGAGGACGCCGAGGUCUCCAAGAUCAGCUUUGGCCAGGCAGCUACGGAGGAGGAGGAGGAGGAGAAACGGCCCCCUGCCUCUGCCGCCGCCGCCGCCUCCUCUGCCGCCCAGCCUCCGCUGCCGCUGCCCCCGCCCCAGCUGCUCUCGCCGCCCCCCAAGUCACCGGCUUUCGCUGGGCCUGGCCGCCCAGCCGAGCAGCCCUCUCCUGGCCAGGACGGGGCAGGGGGCAGUCGCAGCAGCAGCGUGACCUCCCUGGAGAGGGGGGCAGCCCCGCCGGCUCGGGCCCGGACGCCCCUCACGGCUGCCCAGCAGAAGUACAAGAAGGGCGACGUGGUCUGCACACCCAACGGCAUUCGGAAAAAGUUCAACGGCAAGCAGUGGCGGCGCCUGUGUUCCCGCGAUGGCUGCAUGAAGGAGUCCCAGCGCCGAGGCUACUGCUCCCGCCACCUGUCUAUGCGCACCAAGGAGAUGGAAGGGCUGGCAGAGGCGGGCUCAGGCCCGGGGGCGGGAGGAGCUGGCCGCCAGGCCGCCCGAGAGGGCAGUGCGGAGUUUGACUGGGCCGAUGAGACGUCGAGGGACAGUGAGGCCAGCAGCGUGGCGGCCCGCGGGGACUCUCGGCCCCGCCUGGUGGCGCCUGCCGACCUGUCUCGCUUCGAGUUUGACGAGUGCGAGGCCGCUGUCAUGCUGGUGUCCCUGGGUAGUUCCCGCUCGGGAACGCCUUCCUUCUCACCUGUCUCUACCCAGUCUCCCUUCUCACCGGCCCCCUCCCCUUCCCCCUCACCCCUCUUUGGCUUCCGGCCAGCCAACUUCAGCCCCAUCAACGCCUCGCCUGUGAUCCAGCGCACGGCCGUCCGGAGCCGUCAUCUGAGCGCCAGCACCCCUAAGGCCGGGGUGUUGACCCCGCCAGAACUGGGCCCCCACCCACCGCCCCCUGCCCCCCGGGAACGCCAUUCCUCAGGCAUCCUGCCUACCUUCCAGACCAACUUGACCUUCACCGUGCCCAUGAGCCCUGGCCGGCGGAAGCCAGAGCUCCUGCCACACCCGGGGGGACUCGGGGGCCCUGGCGGUGGGGGGGGCCCAGACUUUCAGAAGAGUGACAGCCUGGACUCUGGAGUGGACUCUGUCUCCCACACACCUACACCCUCCACCCCGGCCGGCUUCCGGGCUGUGUCGCCGGCUGCACCCUUUCCCCGGUCCCGCCAGCCGUCCCCGCUGCUGCUGCUGCCCCCCCCGGCUGGCCUCACAUCAGACCCCGGCCCCUCGGUGCGGCGGGUGCCAGCUGUGCAGCGUGACUCUCCCGUCAUUGUCCGAAAUCCCGACGUCCCGCUGCCUUCCAAGUUCCCUGGGGAGGUAGCCACAGGCGGAGAGGCCCGUGGUAGCGGCCAGCCCAGCAGGGCUGGAAGAGAGCACCCCGGGCCACCCGGGGCUAACAGUGGGAAGCCGGGCCCGCCUCCGCCCCUGCCCGCCCCUGUCCCUAUCAGCGUUCCCCCCGCUGGGCCGGCCACCAUGGCUCAACCUGGGCCGGCUUUUGGAUUGGCCUCCUCUCCGUUCCAGCCUGUCGCCUUCCACCCCUCACCUGCCGCCCUGCUGCCUGUCCUCGUGCCCAGCAGCUACCCAGGGCACCCUGCCCCCAAGAAGGAGGUCAUUAUGGGCCGGCCCGGGACAGUGUGGACAAAUGUGGAGCCACGAUCAGUGGCCGUAUUUCCCUGGCACUCACUUGUCCCGUUCCUGGCACCCAGCCAGCCUGACCCUUCUGUUCAGCCCAGUGAGGCCCAGCAGCCGGCCAGCCACCCUGUCUCCUCUAGUCAGUGCAAAGAGCCUGCCGAGUCAGCAGCAGUAGCCCAUGAGCAGUCCCCCAGUGGGACAGGGGGCCCAGAAUCUGGACGGCCACCUGGAGCCACCUGCCCUGAGAGCCCAGCUCCUGGCCCUCCACAGGCCCCUGGGGCCUCCGAAGGUGGCAAGGUUCCACCUCAGCAUUCUGAGGAGGAAGGCCCUGGCCCUACAGGGGAGAGUCGGCUGGACAGCGAGACAGAGAGUGACCACGAUGAUGCGUUCCUCUCUAUCAUGUCUCCGGAGAUCCAGUUGCCACUCCCACCAGGAAAGCGCCGGACGCAGUCCCUCAGCGCCUUGCCCAAGGAAAGGGACUCCUCUUCUGAGAAGGACGGGCGCAGCCCCAACAAGAGGGAGAAAGACCAUAUCCGACGCCCCAUGAACGCCUUCAUGAUAUUCAGCAAGCGACACCGGGCCCUGGUGCACCAGCGCCACCCAAACCAGGAUAACCGGACUGUCAGCAAAAUCCUGGGCGAGUGGUGGUAUGCACUGGGGCCCAAGGAGAAGCAGAAAUACCACGAUCUGGCCUUCCAGGUGAAGGAGGCCCACUUCAAGGCCCACCCAGACUGGAAAUGGUGCAACAAAGACCGGAAGAAGUCGAGCUCAGACGCCAAGCCUGUGGCCCUCGGUCUGGCGGGAGGCCCCAAGGAGAUGCGGGAGCGCAGCAUGUCGGAGACCGGCACGGCAGCUGCUCCGGGAGUCUCAUCAGAGUUACUGUCAGUAGCAGCCCAAACCCUGCUGGGCGCAGAGGUCAAGACCCCUGCGUCUGGCCCUGGGGCAGCGGAACGGCUCCACCCAGCAGGGCCCGGCCCCACCAGGCCGAGAGCUUUCUCCCACAGUGGCGUGCAUGGCUUAGAUGGGGGUGAAGCAGACAGCCAGGCGCUGCAGGAACUCACCCAGAUGGUGUCAGGUCCAGCUCCCUACACGGGGCCGAAGCCUCCGCCGCAGUACGGGGGCCCGGGACCCUUUGCCGCUCCCAGCGAGGGGGGAGCCUUGGCAGGCGGGCGGCCCCCAAUGCUGCCAGCAAGGCCAUCCCGCUCCCAGCGCACAGCUAGUGAAGACAUGACCAGUGAUGAGGAGCGGAUGGUCAUUUGUGAGGAGGAGGGAGAUGAUGAUGUCAUAGCGGACGACAGCUUUGGCACCACCGACAUCGACCUAAAGUGCAAGGAGCAGGUGACGGACAGUGACAGCGAGGACAGUUCUGGGGAGGACCCCGAGGGGGCCAAGGGUUUUGGCAGGAAGCUGUUCUCACCCGUGAUCCGUUCAUCCUCGUUGUCUGCUGCCUUCACGCACUGCCGCCCGGCCCUGGAGCCCGAACCCCCUGGAGCCCCUGACCCAUCUUCAGCUUUUCCCAAGGGCUAUGGCCCCACACCUGCCUCCUCCUCUUCCUCCUCCUCCUUCCAGCCGGCCCCUCGGGAGCCUGGUCGAGGUGCUGCUGGAGGGCCUCUGCGUGCCCAGCACCCAGCUGGGGGAGGCCCGCUGCCUCCUAAAGCUCGAUUUCCUCCCGUGGACCCAAAUGUCUAUCGGCGCAAGCGGCCAGAGAGCACCGCAGGGCCAGAGCCCUUCCCUGGCCCCUCGGUCAUCGCCUCACCCCCUGGAGGGGGUGUCUUGCAGGCCUUGGUGCUGCCCCCAGGGGGCAGCCUGUACCCGGCCAAGGAGCCCCUGGAGCGGGACGGGAGCACAGCCGCCCGACUGCCAUCAGCCACGGUGCUGGUGACAGCCCCCGCCUCCCUGGGGAGUGGCGGACUCACCUAUGGGGCACCCCCGGCCCCUCCACGCCCCGCUCCUACUGUGGUGACCAAUGUGGUACGGCCAGUCAGCAGUACACCCGUGCCCAUUGCUUCCAAACCUUUCCCCGGGGCGGGACGAGGUGAGGGGUCGCCGGCUGAAGGAGGCGCCAAAGGGGAGGCAGGGGCUGGUCCCCGAGCACCAGGGGGCUCCCCACUUGGUAUUGGUCUGGUCUACACUGAUAAAAAACAGGCAGCCCCUACAGCCCCUCAUCUGGUGGCAGGACCCCUUCUGGGGGUGGGCAAGGCUCCUGCUGCUGUGACCAACCUUCUUGUGGGUGCCCCGGGCUAUGGCGCCUCUGCCCCUCCAGCGGUGCAGUUCAUUGCCCAGGGCCCACCUGGUGGAGGGGGGGCAGCAGCUGCAGCGGGGCCCCCCACUGGCAGUGGCCCCAAUGGCCCCGUGCCCCUGGGCAUCCUGCAGCCUGCCCCUCUGGGCAAGCCUGGGGGCAUCACCCAGGUGCAGUACAUCCUGCCCACCCUGCCCCAGCAGCUGCAAGUGGCCCCAGCCCCAGCAGCACCCGGGCCCAAAGCCGCAGCUGUCGGGGGGUCAGGCCCCACGGCCAGCAUCCGCUUUGCCCUGCCACCAGGAACUACCACCAAUGGGAAGGUCCUGGCACCAGCCACCCCAGCCCCUGGGAUUCCCAUUCUGCAGCCAGUGCCCUCUGCUGCACCCCCCAAAGCCCAGUCAGUGUCUCCAGUGCAGGCCCAGCCCUCGGCAGGCCCCACCCAGCUGCUGCCCGGGAAGGUCCUGGUACCCCUGGCAGCGCCUAGUGUGGCAGUACGAGGUGGGGGGGCCAGCCAGCCUUUGCCCUUGGUGAGCCCACCUUUCUCUGUUCCGGUGCAGAAUGGAGCCCAGCCAUCCAGCAAAAUCAUCCAGCUGACCCCAGUGCCAGUGACCACCCCUGGCAGCCUGGUACCCCCACUUAGCCCAGCCACCCUGCCUAGUCCUGCAUCCCAGUCUCAGAAGGUCAUUUUGCCCUCUUCCACCAGAAUAACAUAUGUGCAGUCGGCUGCUGGGCAUGCCCUUCCCCUGGGUCCCAGCGCCUCCUCCAGCCAGAGUGGAGCUCCUGGCACCCCAGCCUCUUAUGGACCUGCCAGCUCCGUGGCCCUGGGCUUCACCACCAUUGGGCCCAGUGGCCCUGCCAUAGUCCAACCCCUGAUCUCAGGCCAAGCCCCCCUGCUGGCCCCAGGCCAGGUUGGUGUGUCACCAGUCCCCAGUCCCCAGCUGCCGCCAGCCUGUACUGGAGGUCCUGUCAUCACAGCCUUCUACCCUGGCGGGCCAGGGGGCCCCUCAGCCAUGCCACUCCCUCAGCCAGCCCCACCAACCCCAGCUCCUCCAGGUCUCGUCUAUACUGUGGCCACCAGCGCUGCCCCACCUGCUGCCAUCCUGCCCAAAGGUGGGGCACCUGGUCCUCCGGCCCCCACUGCCUCUCAGACCCCCACCAGUCCUUUUCCCAGUGCCACAGGCUCCGUGGCCUAUAGUUUGGUGACCCCAAAAGCCCAGCGUCCACCACCCAAGCCCCCACAGAAGGUGAAGGCGGCCAUUGCCAGCAUCCCUGUGGGCUCCUAUGAGUCUGGGGUCCCUGGCCGGCCAGGCCCCAUCCCCCGGCAGGCUGCAGAGCAGGGUCCCCCCAGGGAAGUGGCCCCAGAGACAGAUGCUGAUGGGGGUCCAGCCACGCCCGCACCCCCACCUCCACCAGAUAAUUGGGCUGCCCGCGCCAGCCCUCCCCCCGCCCCUCCCGCAGAGGAUCGGCCGGGAGUCAAGGCACCAGAGAUGGCCAGCAAGAUUCCCAGCUCCCCAGAUUGGCGGAUUCCAGCUCUGGCACUGGAGAGCCGGGGGGAGCCCCCAGCUCCGCCCAGCCCAGCCCCUGCCCCCGGAGGCAGUGAAGGUGCAGGUGGGCGGCCUCCAGGGGCUGGAGACACCCCGGAGCGGAAGGAAGCCCCCAGCAAGAAGGUGAAGGUUCGGCCCCCUCCCCUGAAGAAGACUUUCGACUCGGUGGACAACAGGGUCCUCUCCGAGGUGGACUUUGAGGAGCGCUUUGCGGAGCUGCCUGAAUUCCGGCCAGAGGAGGUGCUGCCCUCGCCCACCCUGCAGUCGCUGGCCACCUCCCCCCGAGCCAUCCUGGGCUCCUACCGAAAGAAGAGGAAGAACUCGACGGACCUGGACUCAGCCCCAGAGGACCCCACCUCCCCCAAGCGCAAAAUGAGGCGUCGCUCGAGCUGCAGCUCCGAGCCCAACACGCCGAAGAGCGCCAAGUGCGAGGGCGACAUCUUCACAUUUGACCGGACCGGCACCGAGGCAGAGGACGUGCUGGGGGAGCUGGAGUACGAGAAGGUGCCCUACUCGUCCCUACGCCGCACCCUAGACCAGCGGCGGGCUCUGGUCAUGCAGCUCUUCCAGGACCACGGCUUCUUCCCCUCGGCCCAGGCCACGGCAGCAUUCCAGGCCCGCUACGCCGACAUCUUUCCCUCCAAAGUGUGUCUCCAGCUGAAGAUCCGAGAGGUCCGACAGAAGAUCAUGCAGGCGGCCACACCCACAGAACAGCCCCCUGGCGGGGAGGCCCCUGGACCUGGGCCUCCACCAGCCAGCGCAGGGGCUGCUCCCCCACCCCCAUCCGAGGGUCCUGACUCGCCCCCACCUGCUCCGGACUCUUCCUCAUCCUCCGUCCCCUCAGCUGCCUCUUCCCAACCCUCAGAGCCGGCACCCGGUGAAUCCAGCUGGGAUGGGGCCACCCAGCCUUCGCCUCCACCCCCUGGGCCUUCGCCAGGGGGCAGGUGAGGUGUCUGCUGGGGAGUCACAUCCCCAAGGGCCUGGAGCACCUAUCGAGGAGACAGAUGGCCCUGAGCUGGCCCUGGGCAGGAAGCUUUGUGGGGAGGGUGGGUAGCCCUGUACAUUAAGCCUCCCUCCAGUGAAAGGAGGAAUAAGGUCCCCUCUUCCCACUGCUUCCCUCCCUGGGGACUGGGGGGGGAGGCAGCGGAAGGCAGAGGGGGGACUCUGGCCCCCACGGAGCCCCUGUACAUAACCUGGAGUUUGUUACCUUUCGAAUCUUUUCACUCUACUUUAUGCAAAAUGGCUCAUGAGGGUAGGACUGAAGGAGGGAAGAUGGGAGCCCCCUCUCCCCCAUGUGAGGGGGCACUGGGGAGAUAGCCCAGAACUGAGGGUGGUGGUGCCCACUUCCCUCUCUCCCCUCCCUCGAGGGGCUGGACUCAGGUUAGUUUGGGGGUAGGGGGGAGGAUCAAGGUGGGGGGGCCUCCUGCACUUUGGCCCUAGGUUGGGGGGCAGGCCAGGGUGCGCCCCUUUCCUCCUUACUGCCCCCCCCCCAGGCUGUCCUUUCUAAGAAGGCAAUUCCCCUGUCCUCCCCCCCCCCCCCCUGGAACAAUACAUGUUGAUCAUGUGCAAUAUUUCUUACUGUGCCGAGAAGCCUCGAAGACCGAGAUUAAAGCUGUUUUAACACA